UCAAAGUGAUGAGGAAAACACUUGAAAUUGAUCUUGUUUUGAUUUGAAAUGCAGUUUCGCGACAGCUUCGUGAGACUUUGCUUUAUUUCCUCAUUUGAAAGUUUCGGCGGUCCGGUAUGUUCGUUUUUCGCAGACCGCGUGAGUUCGCUGCCGCCAUGUUCCAGUCCAGUAAAUUGCCUGCCCGGUUUGUGACCGCGAAGUUGAGCAUCGCCAGAAGGCUGCAUCCUCGAGCUCGGGCUCCGUAUGGCCAGCGGAAGGGCUUGGUCUCCUGGACAGAAGCCAACUUUUGUGAUGAAGUUCCUUCCCGGACCCAUUUGGAAGGAUGCGAAAGAGCUGCAGGUGCCGUACCAGGAAGCGGUGCCAGUGAGAAGAUUCGGAUGCAUUUAACUCAGGGGCCAAGCUAUGCGUCAUUCGGAUGGUCAAGGCAAAGUUUGAGUCGAUGGAACCACCGCGGUUCCGCAUAAACAAGAAGAUUCUCCAGGGGCCUCCAUCUCCGCCGGCACCGGUGCUUCACUCGCUGACGCCGAGGAAUCUCCCAGGAAGCGAGGUGGCGAACAAACCGAACCUGACCAGGAGGAUAAUCGUGAAAGGCAGGGAC